AUGUCCACUGAGACCGCCCUCCCGCGCCCCGGCCGGAUCACCAAGCUUAGCCUCACGGAUGCCGACCUCGUCAAGCAGGUGCAACAGGUCCAGGAGCGCAAGGCCCAGGCCGAACGCGCCGCGCGCCCGAGUCGCCGUGAGCGCCGCAUCAUGCGUGCCGGCGGUGCCCUCCCCGAGAAGCCGGCCGCCGCUAAGACUGUCGCUGCCGGUGCUGUCGCCAAGCCCACCACCAAGCCCGCCGCCAAGCCCGCCGCCAAGCCCGCCGCCAAGCCGGCGCCGCGCAAGCGCGUUCGCAACGACAGCGACAAGCCGACCGAUGCCAAAAAGCCAGCGGCGGAUACUCUGACCGAGGACUCCGAGGAGCCCCCCGCCAAGAAGCUGCGCCUGCGUCAGAAGGACCGGCAGAAGCUCAAGAAGCAGGAGCAGCAGCGUGAGCGCGAGGGGGCCGCCGCCGCCGCUGCCGCCGCCGCUGCCACGGCCGCCGCUGCCGCCGCCACCGCUGCUGCUGCUGCUGCUGCUGCCGCCGCGGCCCCUCGGCCAUCGACCGGCCCCACCACCGCCAAAAUGACCCAGGCCCAGGCCCUACGCCAGAACUUGCGCGAGAAGCUGAAGAAGGCCCAGUCCGCUCCCCAGGCCCCCGGUACCGCUGCUCCGGCCGCCCGUGCGCCCAAGCAAGUUGCUGCUGCUGCUGCUGCUGAGCCCGCCUCCGCUAAGGCCACCCCGUCCAACCCCCGGCUUGAUGCGCUGAAGAAGUCCCUUAGCAGCCGCCUGCAGGGCGGGCGCUUCCGCUGGCUCAACGAGCAGUUGUACACCAAGAGCUCGCGCGAUGCGUUCACUCUCUUCCAGAAGGACAACUCCCUCUUCCGUGACUACCAUGAGGGCUUCCGCAUGCAGGUCGAGCGCUGGCCGGUGAACCCGAUCGACCUGUUUGUGGAGGACUUGAUGACCGCGCCCAAGGACAUUGUGGUGGCGGACUUCGGCUGCGGUGAGGCGGCCAUCGCCGCGCGUGCCCCCCAGACCACCGUCCACUCCUUCGAUAUGGUGGCACACAAUGAGCGCGUGACCGCCUGCGAUAUGCGCAAUGUCCCGCUGUCGGACAACUCGGUCGAUGUGGCCAUCUUUUCCCUGGCCCUCAUGGGCACCAACUGGCUGGACUUCAUCCAGGAGGCCCAUCGCGUUCUGCGGCCGAACGGUCUUCUCUGGAUUGCCGAGGUCUCUUCGCGCAUCGACAACCCCCAAAAGUGGGCCGAUGCCAUUGCCAAGACCGGCUUCAGCAUCGAGCGCCUGGUGACCGAUGUGUCAGCCUCCCGACAUGGCUCCAAGUCUGGCAAGCCCCGGUCCAAGGGGGCUGCCGAGGCCGUGUCCUCCGGUGACAAGGAGGGCGCCGAUCCGGAGUCCAACGACGGCGGGGCGCGCUCCAGUGACUCGCUUUUCAUUCGCGUGGAUUUCUCCAAGACCAAGAAGCAGUUCCGUCGCCCGGCCCAGUCGAUCGACGGCCCGGACGGUCUGCUCAAGCCCUGCAUCUACAAGCGGCGCUAAGUCGGCCUUGGUGCGCAAGCGCGCGUUUACACCUCCCACUGCGGUAGCCGCUGCAAGGCACGGGAUAGACACGGGCCUCUCCGCCUCCGCCGAGGUCCGGGACGUCAAGGAGUAGAUGUGUCUGGGUGCCACGCACACACACACA